UCUUUGCACAAACAGGCCGGGGAGAGGUGGGGGGAAUUUCCAAGCCUCAGCUCCUCGCAGUUUCCUCUCCUUGUUUUGCUUUCGAUCUGGACUCUUCUCAGCCAAAGCUGAGGGAGUAACUUUUAGUUUUGCUCCUGCGAUUAUUCAGCUGAGUGUUUUCAUUUCCAUUUUGCAUCCCCUGGCAACAGCGUUAACCUUGAGGAAUUAUAUAAAUACCGCGAAUAAUACAUUAAACAAGGUAACGAUGCCUGUGGAAAGAAUGCGGAUGCGUCCAUGGCUGGAAGACCAAAUAAAUUCAAACGCAAUACCAGGGUUAAAAUGGCUAAAUAAGGAGAAGAAGAUUUUUCAGAUUCCCUGGAUGCAUGCUGCACGACAUGGGUGGGAUGUUGAAAAAGAUGCUCCUUUAUUUAGAAACUGGGCAAUUCACACAGGAAAAUUUCAACCAGGAGUAGAUAAACCUGAUCCAAAGACAUGGAAGGCAAACUUCCGAUGUGCUAUGAACUCCUUGCCUGAUAUAGAAGAAGUCAAAGACAAAAGUAUAAAGAAAGGAAACAAUGCCUUCAGGGUUUACAGGAUGCUACCCUUAUCCGAAAGGCCUUCCAAAAAAGGAAAGAAACCAAAGACUGAGAAGGAUGACAAAUCCAAACAAAUAAAGCAAGAACCAGUUGAGUCAUCUUUUGCAGUAACUAAUGGAAUAACUGAGGUCUCUUCUGACUACUUCCUACCCUCCACUAUAAAAAGUGAAGUUGACAGUACUGUGAACAUUGUAGUUGUAGGACAGCCCCAUCUUGAUGGCAGUACUGAGGAGCAGGUGAUAGUUGCCAAUCCUCCUGAUGUUUGCCAAGUAGUAGAGGUGACAACAGAGUGUGAUGAGCAGCCCCUCAGCAUGAGUCAGCUGUACCCUCUGCAGAUCUCCCCAGUCUCCUCCUAUGCAGAAAGUGAAACGACAGACAGCAUUCCCAGUGAUGAGGAAAAUGCAGAGGGUCGGCUUCAGUGGCAAAAGAAAAACAUUGAAGGCAAACAGUAUCUGAGCAAUCUGGGUAUGAGGAACACUUCUCAUAUUCUUCCCAGUAUGGCUACCUUUGUGACUUCCAACAAGCCUGACCUCCAGGUCACCAUCAAAGAAGAAAGCUCCCCACUGCCUUACAACAGCUCCUGGCCCCCCUUCCCAGCUAUCCCUCUCCCACAAGUAGUGUCUUCAGCUUCUGCCAGCAGCAGCAGGCCAGACCAUGAGACACGGGCUAGUGUCAUCAAGAAAACAUCAGACAUCACCCAGUCGAGAGUCAAGAGCUGCUAAGCCUCUGACUGUGUCUCUUUAGUUUUGGGUUGUUUUUGUAUUUUAUGUUUCUCUAGAAGAGGUGCAACUCUGACGCACAUUAGACAAAUCUAAGGGUAAGUCUUGACAAUAUAGAACAUUGUGUGUCCGACUCCAGUACUGGAGCUUUUUAACUCAGGACUCCAGCCAUCAGUAUGUAUACCUGAAACCAGAUGGAUUUCCACAGUUACUGCAUAGGAAAAACAGAACUUUGGCCCACUUAUAUAAGUUCCAGUACUUCAUAAGAGGACCAACAACCACAAGGGAAGUGGUGUUGCUGCACUUCUUGCAGUCAAGGCUGUGAUGGAACUGAAAGCCUCAGAAUGGAAGAGAAAAUGUGAACUAGCUGGAAUUUUUUUUUAAAUAAAAAAAAAUCUAUUGUGAAUAUGUACAUAGUGCAGUACUAGCAACGUUGCAGUCUGCUUCUGCACCUUAUUAAAAAGCACUUACGAAAAGGCCUUUUAUUACCUUGCUCUAAUUAAUGGCACAUUCAAAGCCCCCUCCCAUCUUUUAGUCUUUUCCAAGGCUAUUCUUGCUAACAAGUCUUGAGAAGUAGAGGAAAGAAAAGGAAGGUAAACCUUCCUAUAUGGAUUUCACAUAUUGUAAGACUGCUUUUCUCGUGUUUGUUUCUAAUCUGCUAUGCUUGAAUGCCGUGUGGUACAAUAGGAAGAAAAAUAUUACAGAGAUAUUAUGCAAAUUCCCAGAUUUCAAGAAGAAAAAAAUACUCUAAUUCUAACCAGAGCAAGCUUUUUUAUUUUUUAUACAGGGGAAUAUUUUAUUCAAAGUAAAAUUCUAAAGUGAAUAUAAUUGUUUUUUUAAUCUUUUCUACAGCAAAUUUAUAAUUUUAAGAUUCAGUUCUUGGUGGGUUAUCAGCAGUUAUUACAUCCUUGUGGCACAUUUUUUUAAUUUUGUAAAGGUGAAAUAGCUUUUAUGAGCUCAUGUAGCAAUCAAAUUAUCCUGUGGAUUGAUAAUAAAUAUGAUAUAGAGUUAAAUUUU